CCCACCAUGCCCCGCGCCGCCCCCGUUUCCGGGCGGUGCCGGAAGCGGCCGUUGCGGGGCAAUGGCGGCCUGUGGCGCGGCGCGGGCCGCGCUGCUGCUGCUGCUGGGAGCGGCGACGGCGCCGUCCCCGGCGCGGGGCUCGCAGGGGGACCGGGAGCCGCUGUACCGGGAGUGCCUGGGCCGCUGCGAGCGGCACAACUGCUCCGGGGCGGCGCUGCGCGGCUUCCGCGCCCGCCAGCCGCUCUACAUGGGGCUCACAGGUACCGCCCCCCUGCGCCCAUUGGCUGACGCGGCCCGCCACAGCGGGACACGCCCGCUACGGGGGCGGGGCUUACGCGAGGCCACGCCCUCGCCCCAACCAAGGGCGG